AUGCGAAAAUUGCUACCUCAGUUCUUGAAACCUGAAGGCCUUGCAAGCGAGUAUAUACAUGUGGGGGGGGAAGCCAAGCUUCAGACUUCUUCCAAAGAAGAAGCCAUGAAAAUGCGAAAAUUGCUACCUCAGUUCUUGAAACCUGAGGCCUUGCAGCGAUAUAUAGGUAUAAUGGAUACUAUUGCACAAAGGCACUUCGCCUCUGAUUGGGAGAACAAAGAACAAGUGAACGUUUUCUCUUUAGCAAAAAAGUAUACGUUCUGGGUUGCUUGUCGAUUAUUUGUAAGCAUUGAAGAUCCACAUCACAUCGCGAAAUUUGCAGACCCAUUUAAUGUUUUGGCUUCUGGAAUUUUUUCUGUUCCCAUUGAUUUGCCCGGAACCCCAUUUCACAGAGCUAUAAAAGCCUCCAAGUUUAUAAGGAAGGAGCUAUUUAGUAUUAUCAAGAAAAGGAAGGUUGAGCUCGCAGAAGGCAAGGCAUCAACUAGUCAGGAUAUAUUGUCUCACAUGUUAACUACGUGUGAUGAGAAUGGAAAGUAUAUGAAUGAGAUGGAUAUUGCAGACAAGAUUCUGGGGUUGUUGAUUGGUGGACAUGAUACUGCAAGUUCUGCUUGCACUUCCAUUGUCAAGUGUCUAGCCGAGCUCCCUCAUAUUUACGAUGGAGUUUACCAAGAGCAAAUAGAUAUUGCUAAAAGCAAAGGAGAAGGAGAGCUGUUGAAUUGGAAAGACAUUCAAAAGAUGAAAUAUUCAUGGAAUGUUGCGUGUGAAGUGAUGAGACUCUUUCCUCCUCUAAGAGGUGCUUUCAGGGAAGCCAUCGAUGACUUCAUCUUUAAUGGUUUCUCUGUUCCCAAAGGCUGGAAGGUAUAUUGGUGUGCAAACUCAACCCAUAAAAGUGGAGAAUACUUUCCAGAACCAGAAAAAUUUGAUCCAAGCAGAUUUGAAGGGGACGGACCAGCUCCUUACACAUUUGUUCCAUUUGGUGGAGGACCAAGAAUGUGCCCUGGAAAAGAGUAUGCUAGAUUGGAAAUUCUUGUUUUCAUGCACAACUUAAUCAAGCGCUUCAGAUUUCACAAGAUUUUUCCAGAUGAGAAGAUCAUUGUUGAUCCUAUGCCAAUGCCUGCUAAAGGACUCCCAGUAUACCUUCAUCCUCACAACGCUUGAUUAAUUCACACUAGAUACUACUUGUUUUAUGCCUAGGAUUAUAUAUAUAUAUAUAUAUAUAUAUUCAGCAUUGCCGUAUUUCAAAUCUAAGAAGCUCUGAUUAAAGUAAAUGAGCUUAAGCAGCUUGAGAUCUUAGCAUUCAUCAUGUUGGAAGCCUAAGAAGCUCAAUUAAAGUGUAUAAGCAUAGAAAUCAAAUACUAAGAAUAUGAAGAAUCAUGUCUUGAA